AUGGCAAUAACUUUCCCAUCAGGUCUCCAAAAUAACUUUGCAACGACAGCUGAUACUACUACAGCUGAUACUGUGGCUGCCAAAGAACCAGAAAUCGUUAAUAAACCAAAACCAAAACGUCUACGUCGUUUAUUAACAAUUGGCGCUUUGAUUAUUACUGGCACUGUAAUUUUUUCAAUUCUCGAUAAUAAAAAAGUGGAAAAUCUAGCAAAAGAACAUGAAAUAAAGGAUUUAUUAUCGAUUACUUGUAAGAAUGGCGGCCCUAAAAAUUUACCAGUUGCUGAACAUUUUACUGAUGAAAAGGAUUCUCAAAAAGAUAAACCUAGAAUAGUUAUACUUGGGUCAGGCUGGGGUGCUAUUUCAGUUUUAAAAGAAUUGGAAAAAGAUAAUUACCAUGUUACUCUGAUCUCUCCUCAACCUUUACUUCCAUCUGCAACAGUUGGAACACUUGAGACUAGAUCACUUUUAGAGCCAAUUAGAAGUAUAGUCAAAGGAAUAGAUGCACAUUAUUUGGAAGCUACUGCGACAGAUAUUUGUUUUGAUGAAAGACUUGUAGAGGUUAAACCAACCGGGGACUUCUCGCAAUCUUUUUAUGUUCCUUACGAUAAACUUAUAAUCGCUGUAGGUUCUCAAUCAAUUACUCAUGGAAUUGAAGGAAUCGAACAUUGUCACUUUUUAAAAACAGUAAAUGAUGCUCGUAAAUUAAGAAAAACAAUUAUUCGUAAUUUUGAAAUGGCUUCUUUACCAACAACUUCACCCGAAGAGAAGAAAAGACUUUUAAGUUUUGUUGUCUGCGGUGGAGGACCAACUGGUGUGGAAUUUGCUGCCGAAUUACAUGACUUUUUGAAUGAAGAUUUAGUCAGAUAUUUCCCAGCUGUUCUUAGAAAUGAAGUGAAAGUUAGCAUUAUUCAAAGUCAAGAUCAUAUAUUAAAUACAUAUGAUGAAAAGAUUAGUAAAUUUGCCGAGAGUAAAUUUCAACGUGAUAACAUCAAUGUGAUCACAAAUGCUCGUGUUCAAAAAAUCGAACCAAAUCAAAUUGUUUAUAAAAUGAAAAAAGGGGAUAAAGAAGAAAGACUUGAUUAUGGAUUGUGUCUCUGGUCAACUGGAAUUUCAAUGAACCCUUUAACGAAAUUGAUAUCAGACAAACUAGAGCCGCAAAAAAAUACACGUGCCCUUAUUACAGAUAAUAGACUUCGUCUUAAGGGUGCACCUGAUUCUAGUGUAUAUGCGAUUGGGGAUUGUUCCACUAUCGAAAAUCCAAAAUUAGUUCAAAAUUUAAUGCAAUUUUUUAUUGAUGCUGACACAGACAAAAAUAAUUGUUUGAGUUACAACGAGUUUCAUGAAUUAGCCAAAAAAAUAUCAAGACGUUACCCAAUUACCUCUAAUCAUUUAAAGAAAGCUGAUUCAUUAUUUGCUCGAUAUGAUAUAGAUAAAAGUGGCACUCUUGAACUGGAUGAAUUACAAGCAAUGUUGAAUGAUAUUGAUAAACAACUUACUGCUUUACCUGCGGUUUCACAAGUUGCUCAUCAACAAGGCAAAUAUUUAGGCAAAAAAUUAAAUAGUCUAGCACUGGCAUCAAAAACCAAUGUACUACCAACGCCAUUGGAUUAUUCAACAGAUACUGAUAAUCCCGCGCCGGACACUGAUGAUCGAUUAGCACCAUUCAACUAUGCUCAUUUGGGCUCGCUUGCAUAUAUUGGUAAUGCAGCCGUAGCAGACUUUGGUAUGGGUUGGACUUGGAUGGGUAAUUGGUCCGCUGUAUAUCUUUGGAGAAGUAUAUAUCUGAGUGAACAAGUUUCAUUUAGAACUAGGACAUUGUUGGCUAUUGAUUGGUCAAAGAAACAGAAUUCAAUCUUAUAUUUGUGA